AUGUCGGCCUUGUCGAGAGACCUCGUUUCUCGUCUCAGGCCGCUCCUCUUCGUCGCCCCAACAUCACCUAUAACUACACCAAUACGCUCUGGUACACACUUCAGGACAUUUAGUGCUGAUGCAGUAAUUGAAGAGAAUGAUAACUCCUCGAGCUCUCGAAUCAUCGAGGCCGUUCCUGGACUGAUGACGUCCAAUUCGAGGCGGACGGGAGUAAUCGCUGUCAAGUGUGGAAUGACAGCAUUAUGGGACAAGUGGGGCGCUAGGAUACCCAUUUCCAUUCUUUGGAUGGACGAUAACAUUGUUUCCCAAGUCAAAAUUCCAGAAACAGACGGCAUUUUCGCACUCCAGAUUGGCUGUGGACAAAAGAAAGAGAAACAUUUGACGAAGCCUGAAGUGGGUCAUUUCAGAUCUCAGGGUGUACCCAUGAAGAGGAAGCUGAGGGAGUUUCCAGUGACUGAAGAUGCUCUUCUACCAGUUGGUACAUCCAUCAAUGUCCGCCAUUUCGUUCCUGGACAAUAUGUGGAUGUUACUGGAAUUACUAAAGGAAAAGGGUUUCAGGGUGGGAUGAAAAGGUGGGGCUUUAAAGGUAUGCCUGCAUCUCAUGGUGCAUCAUUAUCUCACCGAAGUAUUGGUUCUACUGGUCAAAGGGAUGCUCCUGGGAAGGUAUUUAAAGGGAAAAAAAUGCCUGGGCACAUGGGCGUCGAUCAAAGAACAGUUAAAAAUGUAUGGGUCUACAAAAUUGACCCUGCUAGGAACUUGAUGUGGGUGAAAGGCCAAGUUCCAGGUGCUACAGGAAAUUUUGUGUUCAUAAAAGAUGCAGUGUACAAGAAGCCAGACAUAUCAUUGCUUCCAUUUCCAACCUAUUUUGCAACAGAAGAUGAAGACUCUACAAAAUUAGAACCAUUGUUAGCUGAUCUUGGCGAUACAGAUCCCUUCAUGGCUGCAGAUUGA